AAAAUAUAAUACAAAGAUAACGAAGACAAUAUUCGCGUUUUAUUUGUUGAUAAAACGUCGUAAAAAAAUAGUCAUCUUUAUUUUCUAUUAUUACUCUCCUAUUGAUUAAUCUUGAUUAGCAAGAGUAGGGAGACAUAAAAAGUAUAGACAGAAAAGUUUGGGAUGUAAAUUAAAGUUUAUAUCAUCUGAUAAGAAUUUAUAUCAAAAAAAUAAAAAAUAUGAAAAUUUAUUUUAUGUUUUAAAUCAAUAUCAUGGUAAAUCAUGGCAAAGUAAAAUCGCAAGUAAAGCAUUUCAUUUCAAUAGAAAAAAAAUUAUUUGUAGAUGAAGCAAUGAUCCAUAUAAAAAAUGGCAAUUAUAAUAAGGCUAUAUAUCUUUAUAAUAAAGCAUUGGAUCUUGAGCCAAAUGAUAACAAUGCAUUAAUAGCACGAAGUAAAUGUCAUCUUUUAUUAGGAGAACCACAAAAAGCAUUGCAAGAUGCAGAAAAUGCAUUACAAUAUAAAAUGAAAAAUGUAAAUAUGGCUAAUGCAAUAUAUUGUAAAGCAGAAGCUUUAUAUUAUCUUGGUGAUUUUGAAAUGAGUCUUGUAUAUUAUUACCGUGGCAUGAGAAUUCGUCCAGAAUACGGACGAUUUCGUCUUGGUGUGCAAAAAGCAAAAGAUGCAAUAAAAAAUAUAUUGCAUAAAAAUUAAAUAGUUAUUUUAUAAAAAUAUAUAAAAUUUUUUUAAAUUGAAAAUUUUAACAAAUAAAAUAUAAAUAUUUUUAAAAAUAUUUAUGUUUAUAUGUAAAAGACAUAUUAAUCUUAAAAAGUUAUAUCUUAUAAAAUAUAGUGUAAAAAUUUAGAAAAUUUGAUAUGUUUACAUACAUACACACAUAAUUUAUUUACGUUAGAUAACCUCAAUUGCAUAUAUUACAUGUAAUAACAUUGUUAAAAUUAUUUAUACUUGUUUCUUAAGUGUAAAUAUAAGAUUAAAAUUAGUUUAAAUAUUUAGAAAUUAAAUAUUUUAUAAUGGCAGAAGUUAUUUUAAGUUCUGGUGAAAAAACUUUCAUUCUUCAUGGAAUAGAUGCAGACUUUAGAAAUGAUGGUAGGCGACAAUGUGAAUAUCGAUCAAUGGAGAUUGAAACUAAAUUAAUGCCACAAACUCAUGGAUCAGCAAGAUUACGUAUAGGAAAUACGGAUAUACUUGUUGGCAUCAAAGUAGAACUUGAUAUACCUCAUGCUGAUAAACCAAAUGAAGGAAAAUUGGAAUUUUUUGUUGAUUGUUCUGCUACUGCUACUCCAGCAUUUGAAGGAAAAGGUGGUGACGAUUUAGCAACUGAAAUAAGUAAUAUUUUAACAGCUGCUUAUCAAACACGCAAUGCUUUUGAUUUGAGAACAUUAUGUAUUUUACCUCAUAAAAAAUGUUGGAAAAUAUAUGUUGAUGUCUUGAUUCUUCAGUGUGGUGGUAAUCUUUUUGAUGCAGUAGGAAUUGCAGUCAAAGCUGCAUUAAAUAGUACGGAAAUACCAAAAAUUACAGCUGCAACUCUUGAUGGCGGAGAACCAGAUAUUGAAUUAUCAGAUGAUCCUUAUGAUUGCAUUCAAUUAGAUACGAGUAAUUAUCCAAUUAUUGUAACACUAUGUAAAAUUGGUGAUAAUUAUAUUAUAGAUCCAACUUUAGAAGAAGAAGUAUGUAGUGCAAGUAGCAUAAUCAUAUCAGUAUUACCAAAUGGUAAAAUCUCGUCAGUAAUUAAAUUAGGUUAUGGAAGUAUUCAACCUGGCACUUUCAAGAAAAUGUUACAAAUGGGUGAGAAUAUAGGAUUAAAUUUAAAUGAAAGCCUUAUGAAAGCACUGAAAGAAGAAAGUCAACUUGGGCAAAGACAAGUAAUAGGAUUUCUUAGAUAAAUAUAUAUGUAUAAUAGAUAUAAUAUUUAAUUUCAUAUAACUUAAUUUUAAAUGUAAAUUUAAUUUUCAAUUCUUGUCAUUUAUGUUGUUUUUACAUAUUAUAUGUAAAAUAAAUGUUUUUUCUUUAUGCUUA